AUGACGUCAUACAUAAAUCCGCUUAGUCUUCGCUCAUUAGGUGAUCAUUGCCAUAUGAUUUAUUCCACUGUGAUCAUAAGUUAUUUGGAUUAUAUGCGACAAUUUGAUUAUACGAGUACAUAUUUAUGGGUUAGUCCACCGACAGCCGGAAUCGACUACAUUUUUAAUCGUCAUCCAGCUGGGCAAGCUAUUCUAAGGUUUGCACGUUCACGUUCUUGGUAUGAAUCGUUAACAGCAUAUGGUACUAAACAGGGAGUUGAGAGUUUUGUGAGGUUGCGUCUUGACCGUGCUGACGACAAACAUAAUCCAACAUCAGGGAAUUUGCCAAAAUCUUCUCAACAGAACGAUGAUCGUCUUGUUUGUGGUGGUUGUCGUGAAUGUAGAAAUAGUACAGGUGGCGGCUGUAAAUACUAUCGUAAACAUGAUGGUCUUUUUUAG